GACAGCAUGUGCUCUCAGAAUGUGUAAAUACUCGUUCAGUAUAUGCUGACUGACUACACGAAAAGUAAAAAACCAUUGUGCACAUGCGGUAGCACUAUAAAAACUUAUCUCCCUGAAAUUUCGCUGAUUACAAUGCACAUCGAGCAAAAUGUAACAAAUUUUAAUUAGCUUUACAUUGGUAAUUAACCAAUAACUACGUGCCAAAACAAUCACUGCACGGAAUCGGAAUGCAAUCGUCUGGGAACUGCUAAAAUGUUUCGUCGCCGUCGUCCCAGUCCGACACCAACUACGAUUACUGUUGAUGAUUCUUUUGCUGACAACGAUGCGAUACAUUCACGAGGGAUCACUCAUACAGCUCACCAGGAAACACGCAAAGAGAGACGUUUCGCUUUCAUAAACACUGGACGUACUGUCUGCGACACCAAAUGCGUCUGCAAAAUUGCCCACAGACACAAGAACAAGCCCCGUUUAAUAGUCCGAAGAGUUCUAUCCCAUACGUUUCGCGGCGGCAUUUGUUUCCUGUUAUGCGUGCUGGACAAUCCGCGCAGCGCGCCGACGUAUCUAAAACAGUGCGUUGUUCAACGCGAACUGCGCGUGGAAUAUGCUGAUUACCUCAAGAGCACCGGCGGAAUUCCCAGGACAGUCCAAGACUUUUGGAAUGUUGACACUGAAAUUGCUAUGCGGGACGCAUUAUUUCCUGAACUUCCGGAAUUUGAGCAGCGACGACAGCGCGAAAUCGCGGCUAGCGACGACACCCUGCAAUGGUCCAAGCGGACGAAUAAUGGCCGCUCCACAAUACAAAUUACCGCAGAAGCUACGUCUCCUGCAUUAAAACUUGUUACCAAUUCCAUGCAGUCUUCCAAGCCACCCCGCGAGCCUGGCAAAUCCGUAAAAAAUGUAAAUAAAAGACCAAAAGUCGAGUACAAACGUGCUGAAGAUGCACUGUCGAAGAAGGGAACAGAAUCUAAGGUCACUCGACCGAAAACAGCACUGACAACGGAUACCGGUAAUCACGUCACUGAUACGGUCACCGGCGUUAAGAACGCCAACUCUGACAGGCGCACUGGUUCCCCGGAAAUUCCACCACCACUGCAAAUUAAUACAGACCGUUUAUGGGUGGAAGAGCGUAUUAUUGGCGCUUUUCUUCAGUCACCGCAAAAAAAAUCCACACGCGGUCGGCCGCGCAGUGUAAGAUGGUUUUUGGUCAAGUGGAAAGCGCUGAGUGUGGAAGAUAGUAGCUGGAAAUGCGAAAGUGAGCUACAGUGCACGAAAGAUAUCCAAGCUUUCCUCAAAAGACACGGCCGUCCCACACUACAAAAGCGGAAAAUCCUCACAAGCGAAGGAGUACAAUAUGAGGAAUUACAGUUAAAGAAAAAGCGAAUUCAGCCCUUAUUGGCUGAGGGAGAAGAUCUGACUGAUGCCAUUGUCUGUUAAUAAUAAAUAUAUUAAAUGUUCCUGCUUUCGUUAAAUUUGUUGGAGUUGGAGCCUAUCUCUCUACACCGUUAUCAACACUGCAGCACUGUAGCAGAGACAUUUUUUGUAGAAUAUUUUGUAAUUGAUGUUUACUUUUUUCGCGUAUAGGUAAUAUGUACUUUAUACUGGCAUUAACUAAAACUUGUACGUACUAAUCAAGAAGUCAGCGAAAUAUCGAGCUU